GAGCUUUAAUUUGUGACCCAUUUUCGUUAAAUGUCGUUAGAACAUUCAUAAUGCAAUAAGGUCGAAACUGCAAUAAUGUUGAAUGUCAAGCUAUGACAUAAAAUGUCUUAUCUAAUCGACCCUUGAAAUGAUAACCUUUUUGCAAAAAGCUAUUAUUACCCUUAGUCUAUGAUCAUUACGAUUUUCUAAUUACGAACAUAUGUCGUGUCAGUGUCAGUCAAGAAAAUAGUUUAUUGUGACAUUUUAAGAAAAUAUAAUUUUGCAAUUAAUAAAAUGCUUGCGGCUAAUCGUGACCAAAUACGACUACAAGUUAUUGAUUUGCACGAACAAGGAGUAGGAAUCCGCGAGAUAUCACGACAAAUAAAUGUGACAAGGAACACAGUUCGCCGUUGGGUUCGACGUCACGGGAACGAGGAAAAUAUUAUAGACUUACGUCGAAACAACCAUCGCCCGCAAGUUAUAACACAAGAGCAGAGCCGCCUGAUGCAAAUGCAAUAUAUUAUGGAUGCCUUUACGCCAACGAGGCAUUUUGCAGAAGCAUUUGAAGUCCACCCUUCAACAAUUAGAAGGCACCUUCACGCCAUGGGCGUGCAUCACAGGCGGCCUGCAAAAAAAAUUGCUUUGACGGAUGCCCAUAAAGCUGCUCGACUUAUUUUCGCACGUCGAUAUCUAAAUUUUGAUUGGACGACUACGGCUUUCAUCGAUGAAAAGACUUUUCAAUCUUCCCAAACAGGCAGACUGCAUUUGUGGAGGAUCGACAGGACGCGAUACACCGAAGACCACGUCUUAGCUAACAACGCGUCUGGUCGCAUUACAGUUAACAUGUCUGGCUGGAUUAGUUCAGCCGGCAUUGGAGAACUUGUCGAUUUACCACCCAGGGCCACUGCUCAAGAAUAUGUCGAUUUAUUAGACGAGACCAGAAACGUAAUCGUAACGUUGAUGACCAACAGCAAGAAACGUAAUCCAAUUACAGUAGACGGGCAGCCCAUACACUACGUUGACGAGUACAUCUACCUGGGCCAGUUAGUCUCUUUCAGCAACAGGCAAGACAAAGAAAUUGAGCGCCGUGUCGGAAAUGCCUGGAAGAGCUACUGGUCCAUGAAAGAGCUAAUGAAGGGUAACCUUCCAUUGUCACUGAAGCGAAAACUCGUCGACAUGUGUAUCCUGCCCGUCCUGACUUACGGUGCUCAAACAUGGUCACUUACAGAGAGUCAGAAGUCCAAAUUGAAGGUUUGCCAACGGGAUAUUGAGCGUAGUAUUUUAGGUGUGAAGAGGACCGAUCGUAUCCGGAACACCACGCUGCGUUCAAAAACCCGCAUUGCCGAUGUCGGCGAGAGGACUGCCAGGCUCAAAUGGGACUGGGCUGGUCACGUCUGCCGCAUGCACCCUGACAGAUGGGCUUCUCUGGCCGGGAUGACUACAGAAACGCCAGUUGCGCUAGAAUAA